AACUUUCUCAUUUCAUCAUGUCUCAAGCUCCACCUUCUCCAGCAUUCGGCUCGUCAUCAUCCUCUAAUCCAUUUCCAGAAGAGACUCCACUGACAGUCAGAAGAAGACGACAAUCUAACGCACCUAAUUAUCCAAGUCACGUUCGUACUAACUCAAGUGGAAUGCCUAUCGAUCAAACUUUCAAUUCAACCUUCAUUUUAAAUUAUCUCAAGUCAAAAUUGCCAGCUCUGGCUAGUUUGAUGGUCGGGGUAAUGGUGGGCUUGUUUUGUGCAUCAAUGUUGAGUGGUGGUGGUUCAGAAUCUGCUCCAAGAUGGCGUGGUGGGACAAGUGUACCCACUUGGACACAUUCAAGGACAGCUCCACCUAAAUUCUCUGUACCUAACCCAUCACUCGAACAACGACUUCGAGUCUUUGAACUUCUCUCCACUCUUACCGGACAUCACACUCGUACCUGUACAAUGAAAGCUCAACGUGCUUAUCGGCGGCAAGUCUAUGAACGAUACGAACCAUUGAUCGGUUACAACCCUCGUCAUAAGCCUGCUAGUCCACUUCAUCUAUUACAACAUAUCCUUCCAGGUCGACCUCAACCUGAAGGAGAGUAUGAAGGAAUAUCAGACGCAAAAGGUCAUUCUAAGCUUAAGCUCAAAGCUCGUCGAUCUCAAAUUUCAGAACCUGGCUCCAAAUCAUCAUCUUCUAACCCAGGUAACAAAGCUGUCCAUCGAAAAGGUACUGGUCACAAAUACUUCUUUGCAAUCAAUCUGUAUAACUCCUUCGAUGUGAUUCCGGACCUUUUCUCAACAAUGUUCAAGGUUUCUGCUAUUCUUGGAUUUCAAAAUGUGUUUGUGUCGGUUUAUGAGAAUGGAAGUUCGGAUCAGACCAAGGCCCUUCUAAGAUUGUUUGAUGGACUGAGUCGAUCAGUAGGAAUGCGUGUGGUGAUUAGGACAAGUCUGAGAACUAGAGGAGCUUUUCACCAUCGGAUUGAGUAUCUUGCUGAAGUUCGUAAUGCUGCGUUAGCUCCUUUACAAGAAUUAAGAGAUUCAGAAGGUGAAUUGUUUGAUACAGUAAUCUUUAUGAAUGAUGUUUUGCCAUGUACAGACGAUUUACUCGAAUUAAUCUGGCAAAGCAGAAGGCAAAAUGCCGGUAUCACAUGUGGUGCAGACUAUAUCUUUCACGAUGAAAUUGCACAGCCCGUCUUUUAUGAUAAUUGGGUAGCACGUGAUAUAAAUGGAACUGCUUUAGAAAAUGCACCCUUUGAGUCAAUUUUCCGAGAUCCACCUUCUCAACAUCGAUUUGAGCGACAUUUACCUAUUCAAGUUCAAUCUUGCUGGAAUGGAAUCGCUAUCUUAGAUCCUGCACCUCUCUAUGCUCAUCCACGUGUUCGAUUCCGUAUGGCCAAACUCAGUGAAGGGGAAUGUAGUGCUUCCGAAUGUAGUUUGAUUUGCAACGAUUAUUGGAACGCUGGAUAUGGAAGAAUUGUGAUGGUACCUAGGGUCAAAUUGGCCUAUGACAACAAAGUUUGGAAGAUUAUCCAUCCUGAACGAAAGAACUUGACGGUCAUCAGAGGUUAUACAAGAUUAGGUGGUGCACCAGAUGAUCCAACGGCUGAUCCACAAGAUCGAUCUUGGUUUGGUCCUCACGAUCGACUAUUUCGUCAAGAAGAAAGUGAAGCAUUAGAGAUGCAACCUGAACCUGACUAUGUUUGGUGUUGGGGGUGGGAUGGUGCAGGUGAUAUUGAAGGGCCAGAUGUUGAACCGGUUUGGGAACCGACUAAGAAUUUGACAUUUGAUCCUAGGAUUGUACGCCAUGAUCGAAGUUUUGAUUACCACUUCUGAUUUCAUGAUUAAAAAAGGGCAAGAGAAAGGAAGGAUCUCAUUAACGGGCUGAUGAGUUAUGGGUGAGAGAUUGGGUCUGAAAGCUUGAGAUGAAGCAAUAGGUGUAUGAUCUGGAUAAGACUUUGGGAUAAAUAAAUAGAAUGGUCAAUUGAUAGAGAUAGAUUGAGUGAGCUAUCCUAUAGAAAGACUGAACGGACAUAGUGCUCUUGUGAUUUGUAUCUUCUCCCUAUCCAAUUUCUCUAAGAAGACGACAAUUAUGAUCUGCUUGAAAAAACAGAACGAAUGCAUUGAAAAACG